AUGGGUUCCCCGAGCCUGGCCUCCCCCCAUCCCGGUUCUGCCUACCAGCUGACAUGCUACUUCACCACCUGGGCCCAGUACCAGCCAGGCGUGGGAAGCUUCAAGCCUGACAACAUCAACCCCUGCCUCUGUACUCACCUGAUCUAUGCCUUUGCUGGGAUGCAUAACAAUGAGAUCACCACCGAAUGGGAUGACGUGACUCUCUACCAAUCUUUCAAUGGCCUGAAAAACAAAAAUGAUCAACUGAAAACUCUCCUGGCUAUUGGUUGCUGGAACUUUGGAACUGCUCCUUUCACCACUGUGGUUUCCACUCCUGAGAACCGCCAGACUUUCAUUACCUCCAUCAUCAAAUUCCUGCACCAGUAUGAGUUUGAUGGGCUGGACCUUGACUGGGAGUAUCCUGGCUCUCAGAGGAGCACUUCUCAGGACAAGCAUCUCUUCACUGUGCUGGUGCAGGAAAUGCGGGAAGCUUUUGAGCAGGAAGCCAAGCAGAUCAACAAGCCCAGGCUGAUGGUCACCGCUGCAGUUGCUGGCAUCUCCAACAUCCAGUCUGGCUAUGAGAUCCCCCAGCUGUGCCAGUAUCUGGACUACAUCCAUGUCAUGGCCUAUGGCCUCUAUGGCUCCUGGGAGGGUUACACUGGAGAGAACAGCCCCCUCUACAAGUACCCCAGUGAUACUGGCAGCAACACCUACCUCAGUGUGGAAUACGUCAUGAACUACUGGAAGGACAAUGGAGCCCCAGCUGAGAAGCUCAUUGUUGGAUUCCCAGCCUAUGGACACACCUUCCUCCUGAGCAAUCCUACCAACCAUGGAAUUGGUGCCCCUACCACUGGGCCUGGUCCUUCUGGUCCCUACACCAGGCAGUCUGGUUUCUGGGCCUACUAUGAGAUUUGUACCUUCCUGAAGAGUGGAGCUACUGAGGUGUGGGAAGCUGCUGAGGAUGUUCCCUAUGCUUACAAAGGCAAUGAGUGGCUUGGAUAUGACAACACCAAGAGCUUCAAAAUCAAGGCUGAUUGGCUGAAGAAUAACUUUGGGGGUGCCAUGGUCUGGGCCAUUGACCUAGAUGACUUCACGGGCACCUUUAGCAACCAGGGCAAAUACCCUCUGAUCACCACCCUGAAGGAUGCCCUGGGCCUGCAGAGUGCAAGUUGUAAAUCUCCAGCCCAGCCUUUCUGUCAUUCUCAACGACAAUUUUGUAAUUUACUAUCUGCCAAUCUGACUUUCAUUAGUAUCAUAAUUUAA